CUCAUUCUCUCUCCCAUUCGAUUUCAAAUCCGUCAAACCCCUUUCUCUGAGCAACGGCUCUUUCCCUCUCUGUGAGAAGCCACUUUCUCAGUUCUUUUUACUCUCCCUCUUAUUCAUCUCUCUAUAUCCAUAUCACUUCUUCAACAAGGGAACGGAGGAACCACAAUCCUCCAUAUGGCGUAUCUGUGAAUCGGUCACCAGGUACCGUUUUCAAACAAAAUCCAAAGGAAAAUGGAGAGGGUCUGUGAAGAGCUAGAUGAAGCUAAGGCUGAGAUUGAGAAGCUCAGGGUAGAUUUAAAAUGCAAAGCAGAACUGUCAGAGAAUUUGAAGAAAGCUCACCAUGAGCAACUUAUUCAAAUUCAACAAGGAAACUCUAAAAUUGAGAAGCAGACCCUAGAACUCAGUGAAAAGGCAGAGGAGAUCUCCGUGGCAAGACAAAUGUGUGAAGAUCUUCAAUGCAGGUUGAAUGAAAAGGAUUCCAUCAUCAGACAUCUGAGCUCCUCAAAUGAUAAGCUUAGAGUUGAUUGUGAUGAAAAGCACAAAAAAUGGGAGGAGGAAAGACGUGGGUUGCUGUUGGCUCUAGAUGAGGCAACUGAGAAAAACAUAGAUCAAGAACAAAAAAUUAAUGUAUUUAUGGCAGAGAUCGAGGGUCUUAAAGGGCUUCUAUCAACUUCACAGAAGAAGUGCUUGGAAGCAGAGAAAAAGGCCAAAGCAUCCAAAGAACUAAGACAAAGGGAUGAUGUGCUACUCCAAUUGGAGGAGGAGUAUGGGAAGCUCAAAGAUAAACUAAAGUGGAAGACAGAGCAAUUCAAACAUCUUGAAGAAGCACAUGAAAAGCUCCGGAAUCAGUUUACUGAAUGCAAGAAAGAGUGGGAACUGGAGAAGUCUGCACUAGUUGAUGAGAUUUGUUCACUGCAGACAAGCUUAGAUUCUCAAACCAGGAUCUCAAAAGAUCUUCAAAACCAGUUAAAGAUGUGCAACCAAGCGCUAGCUCAUGAAGAAAGCAGGAGAAAGUAUCUGGAAACUGAAAUUUGUGAAUAUAAAUCACGCUUUGAGAAUGUUUUCACCGAGUACCAAGAUGCAAAGUCACAACUGGAGUGCUUGACUUCUCAGAGAGACAAAGAAAUUGCAGCUCUUAGACAUUCAUUGGGCACAAAAGAGACAUUUUACAAAGAAAUUGAGUACCGAGCUGAGAAAUUAGAGCAAGAAAAUCAAGAGUUAUUGACUUCCCUUAAAGAACUCCAGGAAGCUCAGAUUCAGGAAGUGGGAAAUUCUUCUUCUUUGGCAAAACUGCGAAACAAGCUCAAAAGAGUGGAACAGAUGCACCAAGAUUGUUCUGCAAAUCUUAGAGCUAAAGAAGCUGAAUGGAGCUCUCAACUGGAAAAAUUGACUAAAGAGCUGAAUGGUUAUAGGUCUGCACUAGAGAGCAAAGAAACAGCAGCAGAAAAGCUAGAGCUAGAGUUGCAAAAUUGUCACUCGGCAAUGAUGCAGCUGGAGUUGCGGAAUGAGGAGGCAUCAAUAAUGUUGUUGGUCUUGAAAUCUGGACUAGCUGAGGCUUAUUUGAACCAUAAAAGUGCUGAGGUUGCAAUGAAUCUCCAUGACAAAGAAAGAGAUGAAAAUGUGUCUCUAUUGAUGAGGCAGCUGGAGAUGAAGAACACUGCUCUGGCUAAAGCACUGGCAGAUAACAAUGAAGAACGUCAGAAGGCUGCUGCUUUAUUGAAGAGAGUUGAAUCCUUGGAACACAUUGAAGAGCAGAAACUCCUGAUAGACAAAGAGCUUGAAAGGUGCAAGGAAAUACUUCAAGAAUCAUCCAGGUCUCAUCUUCACUGUAAGGAGCAAGCUUUGCAGACAGAGAGAGAGCUGCAAGAGAAAAUUAGAGAACUUUGUGAUGCCUUAGACACGGCAAAUUCAGAAUUGGCCACAGAACGUGAGAAGGCAGUUUCUUUGUCAAAAAAGGCUGCAUGCUUAGAUAUUAUUGAGAAAAAGCGGCAAUUGAUGGAGAAAGAGCUUGAGCGGUACAAUGAAAUGCUUGAGGAAUCAUCCAGGCAGCAACUUCGCUUAGAAGAGCAAGCUUUGGACAUGGAAACUGACUUCAAAGAAAAACUUAGGGAAGUUCGUGAUGCAUUGGAUGCUGCAAAUUCUGAAUUGCAUGAAAAGCGUGAGAAGGCAGCAUCUUUAUCGAUGAGGGUUGAGUCCUAUGAAGAGAAGCAGAAUCUGAUGCAGAAAGAACUUGAGAGGUAUAAACAAAUGAUUGAGGAAUCAUCCAAGUGGCAACUUCGCUUACAGAAGCAAGCUUUACAGAAGGAGAGUGAUUCUCAGGAGAAACUUCAAGAAGUUUGUGCUGCCUUAGACAAAGCAAACUCUGAACUGGCAUUGAAAAUUUGUGAAGGACAAGCUGUUGAAUUUGAAUUGUGGAUAUGGAAAUCUAUUGCUCAGCGCUUAAAUGAUGACCUUGAAGAAUAUCAGGCACUGCGUAAAGAAUUAGAAGCUUCACUUCUUGCACAAGUAGAAGAUGGAGAAGCCUUGAAACAAGAGCUUAAAACAAGAGAGUCAAAAGCUGCUACUUCUGCUAGAAUGGAGGCAGUCAUGUCCUUUGAGUUGGAGAAAGAGAGUUUUCUCCAAACCAUGAGAGAAAAGGACAUGAUCUUAGACAAUCUCCAGAAGGGGAUUGGUUGGCUGGAGCAAGAAUCACUGAAAAGAGAACUUGAAGAUGCAGUUGUUUCACAUAUAGGAGCAGAAGAGAAAGAUCAUAGAAUAGAGGAACUCCUACAGUUUGUAGGAUCGUCAGAGCAAAAACUUAAUUGCUCAUUAAGCUCUUUGUCUUCAGAACUCGCAGAGAAGCAAGCUGAAAUUAGUUUACUCCAUGAGGCUUGGGAGAAGAUAGCUGCUGCUGAGAUUCUCGCCCAGCUGGAAAUCGAAGAGAAGAAGUUGAUGAUUGUGGAGCUGGAGGAUGACAUCUGUUCUAUACAAAAGAAACUGGAAGCACAGGAAAAAUCCCUGUCUUCUUCACAGCAGCAAGCACUGGAGAUUGAAGCUCAACUUGAAGCAAAGCAGGUAGAAAUGAAGAAAUUAACAAAUCAAAUGGAAACCAAGCUGAGAACUUCAGAAGCCAUGGUUAAUGAGCUCAAUAACGAGAAAAGAAAUUUGGUUGAACAUGUCAUGAAGUUGUCAACAGAAAGGGAGAAUUUGGUGGGUUUCAUAGAGAGACUUUGGGACAGGUUCAGCGAGUUCUCCAGGGAAGAAGUGAAAAUGGUUGGAACUUUGGAAAGGAUGGUGCAGUCUCUUAGUGAUAAUGGAUCUAAUCUGGCCUUGAUGGGAGACACUGAAAUUUUCAAAUCUGUGGAAGACGUUGAGAAUGCCAAUCCUUCACCACCCACAACAAAGAAAUUUCUGGCUGUCCUUGGAGAUAGAUCACCAUUUCGAGAGCUCAACUAGGAGCUGGGGAGAUGUGGUUUGUCCAGGCUUGCUUAAACAUUCCAUUUUUCAUUUUAUUUUAUUUUAUAUGUAUUUUUUUCUCUAUUAUUACCAUGCAGUUUUUAAGCAUGGAAUUUGUUGUCUGAUUUUGUAUAUGAUGCAACUCUACGAAAUCUGUUUCUCUGCUGUGAGAAUUUGGCCCAAUUCAUCUCUUAGUCUGUGUUUUUACGG